UGACAGCCCUAGAUAAAAGUCUUAAGAGCUUCGCGGGCGGUCGGGAAUUUAACGAGAGGCAAGCGUGAAAAUUGUUCAGUGUUCACUCGGAACGCGAUCUAUUUCUUCAGCCGGACUCCUGAUCUCAAACAAAACUACCAAAAUGUCUCUUGACCAGGAAUUCAAGCAAGUCUCCGAGUCCGUGAGGAACUGGAAGACGAAGCCGGCUGACAGCGAGAACCUGGCCCUCUACUCCUUGUACAAGCAAGCCAACUUUGGUGACGUCAACAUCAGUGAACCCAGCGGCCUUGUAGAAAAUGCGAAAUUCAAGGCUUGGUCCGGCCGCAAGGGCAUCUCACAAGACGACGCUAAAAAACAAUACAUUGACUUGGCGAAGCAACUGGCGGCCAAAUACGCUUAAUUUAGAUUUUUAAGUUUAUAUUUUAUUUUAUGUUAUAUUUUAAGGUAUUAAAUAACUGUUUAAUAAU